GUUGUGUUGUUAUUUUUGUGACAGAUAAAUUCAAAAACAGAUUGUAAUAACUGAAGAUUUUAUGUUUAGUUAGUGUUGGCAAUCUACCAUCACAUGCAAUCAUGUCCCAUAAUAUAUUUGAGUGCCGAGUUUUGCUGCACCAACUCCCUGCAGCUGCCGUGGGGAGGGGCUGGUGUGCCAUGCCAAGCCUCGCUCAAGUGUGUGCUGAUGCUGGCAGUGUGAAGUGUGAAGUUUUGGAUGCUGGGGCUGCCUCUUCAGCCCCUGCAGUUCCACCUGAGAACAUCAAGGAGGAGUUAGUGGAAAGGAUGGAGCUAGUUUGCGUGAAAGAAGAAUCAUUUCAUUAUGAUGAAAAGGGACAAACACAUGAGCCUCCCAGCCCUGGGUGUGGGUACCUGCCAGUCCCUCCUCCCCCGCUGUGUGUGCCCUGCAAGAGGGAAGCGCCAAGUGAGGCUCAUGAGGCUCCCCACGCCCCCCAACAACCCUCAGCCAUGGCAGGGGUGACAGAAAAACAGCAAAGCAGUAGCAAGUCCUCCAUGGCGGAGGGAGCUGCAUUGGCGGCUGGUGGCGGUGGCCACGUCUCUGCAUCAUCCAGCUCCAAGCAGCUCACCCAGAAGCUGCAUAUUCCUGAUAAGCAUGACCGCAAGAGAACAUUUCACUGUGCUGAUUGCGAUUAUGUUUGCAUUAAAAAAUGUAACAUUAAGUAUCAUGUUCUUGCUCAUCAUUCAGAAAGACCUGUCAAGUGCUCAGAGUGUCAAUUUACAUGUGUUGAUGGCUGGCGACUGAAAUCACACAGACUUUCGGUGCAUUCAAUGGUGAAACCUUUGCACUGUUCUCACUGUAGAUAUGAAUGCGUAACAAAAUAUUCCUUAGAUAUGCACAUUCUAGCAAAGCACACUGCUGAGAAACCUUUUAAGUGCUCUCAGUGUAAUUACUCAUGCAUCAGGCUAAUUGACUUGAACCGUCAUGUUCUUUCAAAACAUGCAUUGGAGAAACCUUUUAAAUGUUCCCAGUGCAAAUAUUCUGCUGCCGAUCAAACUUACCUGAAGCUACAUAUUCGUUUAAAGCAUUCUGAUGAGAGGCCUUUCAACUGCUCUGAGUGUGGAAGUGCUUUCAUUAGACAAUCUCAUUUGCUUAGACAUAUGCGUACUAAGCAUGCUACUGAAAAACCCUUCCGCUGUCCUGAGUGUCAAUACACUUGUGCUGAAAAAUCUAUCCUGAAUUCUCAUAUUCGUUUCCAGCAUUCAACAGAAAAAAAUUUUUGCUGUACUGAGUGUAACUAUGCUUGCACUACAAGUUCACGUUUAAGGUUGCAUAGACUUUACAAACACUCGACUAAGAAACCCUACAACUGCUCCCAGUGUGAUUACGCUUGCGUCACAAGAGGAGCUAUGAAUGACCACGUUCUUGGCAAACACAGCAAAGAGAAAUCUUUCCGCUGUUCAGAGUGUGAUCAUGCCUACGCCACAAAGAAGCGUUUGAAGAGGCAUAUUCUCAGCAAACAUUCAUCAGGCAAAAAUUUUCACUGCUCUGAAUGUAGCUUUUCAUGCAUCUCGCAAGAAAAUUUAAAUUUGCAUAUUUGUUGCAAACAUUCAGAGAAAAAUUUCCAAUGUCCCAAAUGUGAGUAUGCUUGCGCUAAGCAAUAUGAUUUAAAUGGACACAUUUGUGCUAGGCAUUCAACAGUGAAACCUUUUCACUGCUCUGAAUGUGAAUAUUCUAGCACCAUCCAACUUCAGCUGAAUAAGCAUAAAAUAUCUGUCCAUGGAGCUAAGAAGCCUUAUCAGUGCUCCGAGUGUGAAUAUGCUUGCAUUACAAAACGUAUGCUAUACUUACACUCUCUCCGUAAACAUUCUUCGGAGAAACGUUUCCACUGUACCAAGUGUAAAUAUUCUUGUGUCAUCAAGCAGACCCUCGACAGCCAUGUUCUCCGCAAACAUUCAACUGAUAGACCAUAUCACUGCUCACAGUGUGAAUAUACUUGCCUUACAAACCAUGAGCUACAGCGACAUAUUCUUUCUAGGCACACAGCAGAGAAGCCACUCAAGUGCAAUGAAUGUGACUUUGCCUGCGUUACAAAACAAGGUUUAAAGACGCAUCAACUUGCUAAGCAUUCAACCGAAAGGCCUUACAAAUGCUCCAAGUGUGGAUAUGCUUUCCUCACAAAAUAUAGUCUGAAUUAUCAUAUGAUUGCCAAGCAUUCUACAGAGAAACCUUUCUGCUGCCCUCACUGUGAUUUUUCCUUCGUCACAAAACGAUAUUUGGAUCGACAUAUUUCGACGAAGCAUUCAGCUUUGAACCCAUCUCUGGGCAAAGUGUCACAUUCUCUUCCAUCUCCUGGCUUAGAUUUGAAUUUGCCUCCUUCCUCUGGCAUUGAGUCUACAUUGCCUCCUUCCCCUGACUUGGAGUCAAAUUUGCUUUGUUCUUCAGGCGCAGAGUAUAAUAUGCCUUCUUCUGACUUGGAGUCAAAUUUGCUUUGUUCUUCAGGCAUAGAGACUAAAUUACCUUCUUCUCCUGACUUGGAGUCAAAUUUGCUUUGUUCUUCUGGCGCAGAGUAUAAUAUGCCUUCUUUUGACUUGGAGUCAAAUUUGCUUUGUUCUUCAGGCAUAGAGUCUAAUUUGCCUUCUUUUCCUGAUUUGGAGUCAAAUUUGCUUCACCCGUUAGAUACAGAGUCUAAAUUCUUUUCUUCUCCUGGCUUGAAGUCAAAUUUGCUUCGUUCUUCAGAUGCAGAGUUCAAUUUGCCUGAUUCUCCUGACUUGAAGUCAAAUUUACUUCAUUCUUCAGACGCAGAGUCUAAUUUGCCUCUUUCCCCGGACUUGGAGUCAAAUUUGCUUCAUUUUCAAGGCGCAGAGUCUAAUUUGCCUUCUUCUCCUGACUUGGAGUCAAGUUUGCUUUCAACCUGGCUAAGAGUUAAAUUUUCAUCGUUUACCUGACUUGCAGUCAAGUUUCUCCCCUCCUCCUCGCUUAGAAUGAAAUUUUUAAAUGGUUUUUCUGUUGGUUGCAUCUGGUACCUGCAGACGUUGCUCGUUUUCUGCGGCUCAACGAUAACCAGCCGAUAUCCUGAGACGUGUUCUCCAGCAGCCAUGACUCAAAUUAACAGCCAUUGAUGAAAGUUACAGGAAAUUUUGCAAUAGGAUGACAGGUCGUUGAUAUUGCAAUUACAAUUGGGAUAUUUUCCCUUACAAUAAAACUGAUUUCCAAGUUGUUGUCUCUUGAAUUUGGAGGUUACAUUCGUGAAGCGUUUUUAUAAACAUGCGUCAUUUUCCUGCACGCUUUAUCGUUCCAACUCAUUUUCUCAAGAGAACAUUGGCACAACUCAUGCAAAUUGGACCUUUUUAGCGCAUUUUCUAAUUUAUGGAAAAAAGGGUCUAUUGUGCUCAU